CUACGUUACUCACAUCCGGUUUGUAGUCUUAUCAGACUAUUCUCAACUUAUAACUUAAACAUUCUCUUUAUCUAUCUCUUACGGUUUGGCCGCUGAAACAGCACCACGGACGGACGGACGGACGGACUUGUCUAAUAGAUAAGAGAUAAUUGUUCGUUUCAAGUUCCAGGUGUGUCAGUUUUCCCAUUUGAUGGAAAACAGAUUUUGAAUAGCGAUCCUUAAAUUCUUCACCAUUGUAAUGAAUUACAGGAUUUAUUCGUUUCCGGAACUGGCGAGUUGGUGCCAGAUCUUCCUCGUCACUAGAUAGGGAUAUAUCGUCAACAGAUAAAUCUGACAACAUUUUUUACUACCACUACAACAAUCCUCUGACCAAAAUAUCAGUAAAAUUUCUUUUGACAGUCUGUUAAUUGAUCAAUUUUCACCAAUUACUUAUUAAAACACAACAAAACGUUAACAUGCAGUUGACAUACAAAAAAGCUUUCCGGAAACCAAAAACUACCGCAAUCGGCCAUUAAUUCGAGAUUUGACAUUUGCAACAACAAAUCAUUGACAAACUGUCACUUGGCUCAUUGAGAAACCCAAAGUGCAUUUAAAUAGAGAUUAACAACUUGUUACGUAAUUUUUUCGAUGACAUGCGUUUCAGAAACCGGGUGUUAGAAUCCUACAUUAUCCCUGACGAACAUAGCCUAUAGACUAUUUUCAAAAAAGUUAGGGUUCCGUAUGAAAAAUUCGAUAGUGUAAACUCAGGGUGUGGAAAAAAUUUUUGGUGAUGUUGAAUUUCUGUCAGUGGGUAAGGUUCCAGGGAUCUACUGUGUAGGGGAUUGGAUCAGGAUAUGCAACGGUACUAGUGAUAGAUUUGGUAUAGGCUAUGAUGGCCGCUUACCAUCAAGCAGGCUAUAUGCUUGUUUGCCAACCUUUUAUUAUAAAAGCAUAUGGUUCACAAGAGGAACUUUUGUUAUACCUACUUAAGUAUAGUGGAAAUGCGUUAAGCCCGCGUGUGGAUCACGAAUUCACGAUAUUCCCUGUCGCGUUUGUAGGGAAGGCCUCUGGUGCCACAGCAGUUGGAACAUUAAUAUGCUGAUUAUGAUAAUACAACGUUUCAAGUUAAUACUUAACGCAGCGCACACACCGAAAAUACUGAGAAGUUAACAAUUUAAAUUAAACCCUAAAAAUCCUUUACCAUAACUUUAAUAACAUAUUUUCAUGGCAAACAUGAAAUGAUACACAAGCGGUGUUCAGCGCUCCAAAGUGGCUACAAGUGCCGGCGCACGGCACUAGUCUAGGCCGCGAUUAAUCAAAUAAAAGUUGCACACCGCCAACUUUUUCCAGUAAUGUACGGUAUAUUAUCUACACGAUCAGAUUUAAGCUUGUGAUGGUGGCCAAGAUAUGCCACACUUACUCGCUAUCAGAUUAAAAUGUUGUGUAAGUACAUCGAUAAUUUGUUUUUAUCAUUAGGUGAAAACCCAUACGAUCUUUAUUAGUCUUCGGGUGUCCUGACCAUAUCUACAUUAUUGUGACUUGUGGGUGGUCUAAUUGAUAAUAACAAGAUUUUUGAUGUAUGUCUGUACAUGGGAAUAAUAUCACAAUUGUUGCUAUAGAUGCUUGGCUGUGCCAACCUUCUUCAAUGCUUUAUAUGAGUGACACGAAUGACUGAAAGAAAGAACAAAUUUACGUUCGUUCAGCUCAAGAUAUUGGGCACAUAUCUCAGGAUUAUUUAGUCAACAGGGGUCCCCCUUAUAGUUUCGCCAUGUUAGUUCGUCCAUCUGUCAACAGCUCAGCUCAGAGACUUUUAGUAUUAGAAAGCUGUAAUUUAGCAUAGAUUAAAUAAUAAUAUACAACGCCGACAAAAUGGUAAUAGUGAGUUAAUCGUGUAAUUUGUGAGUUACCCAGGGUACUACAUUUGAAAAUACGUCCUUAAAACUUUGUGGAUGCCCCCUGCCAACUAAAUGGUUGUUUCUGGACGUGCGAGAUUAUGGAGUGAAACUUCACUGACAAGCUUCACUGACGAAAGGUCCAGAACCAACCUUGAAGAUGUUUCGAAUCCUCCUCGUAUUGACGGUCUCGGCCUUGGGCCUUGGUUACAAGAACCCCCACUAUGCACCCGGCCGGUCUACUAUGGUCCAUCUUUUCGAGUGGAAGUGGAAUGACAUCGCAGCUGAGUGUGAAAAUUGGUUAGGUCCUCAUGGAUAUGGUGGUAUACAGGUAUCACCUCCCAAUGAGAAUCUUGUCAUCUGGUCAAAACGCCGACCCUGGUGGGAGCGCUACCAGCCCAUGUCGUACCAGCUCACUACUCGUUCUGGUAACGAACAGCAAUUUGCUAGUAUGGUCAGGCGGUGCAACAACGCUGGUGUCAGAAUCUACGUAGAUACUGUCAUAAAUCACAUGACUGGUACGUGGAGUGAAAACGUUGGUACUGGAGGAAACAGCGCUGACUUUAACAAUUUUCAUUACCCUGCUGUGCCAUACGGGAGAAACGACUUCAACUGGCCGGAGUGUAAAAUUCAAGAAAGUGACUACCGAUGCUGCGCUAACAGAGUACGCAACUGUCAAUUGUCUAACUUAAAAGACUUGAACCAAGGAACUGAACAUGUACGCCAAAUGAUUGUUGGUUUCAUGAACCGUUUUAUUCAUAUGGGAGUUGCUGGUUUUAGAAUUGACGCAGCCAAACACAUGUGGCCUAGGGAUCUUCGUGUAAUCUAUAAUAGACUAUAUAACUUGAAUACAGCGCACGGUUUCCCAGCUGGUGCCCGUCCUUACAUCUUCCAAGAAGUCAUUGAUCUCGGAGGAGAAGCCGUCAGUCGUGAUGAAUACACUCCUCUUGCUGCUGUCACUGAUUUCAAAUUUGGCAUGGAACUAAGUAGAGCAUUUGGAGGUGGUAACCAAUUGAGAUAUCUUCACAACUGGGGACCUCAAUGGGGUCUUCUUGCUCACUCCGAUUCCCUUGUCUUCAUCGAUAACCAUGACAAUCAGAGAUCCCAUGGUGCUGGAGGUAAUAUCCUCACUCACAGAGAACCUAGACCGUACAAGGGGGCUAUUGCGUUCAUGUUGGCCCAUCCUUACGGUGAGCCUCAGCUGAUGAGCAGUUUCUUCUUCCAUAACACCGAAGCUGGACCGCCAAUGGAUAACAGUGGCAAUAUUAUCUCUCCUUCUUUUAACACUGAUAAUAGUUGUGGUAACGGAUGGGUAUGCGAGCAUCGCUGGCGCCAGAUCGCCCAAAUGAUACAAUUCAGGAAUGUUGCUGCUGGCACUACUUUUAACAACUGGUGGGAUAAUGGCAGCAACCAGAUUGCCUUCUGCCGAGGUGGCCAAGGUUUCGUCGCGUUUAAUAAGGACUCAUGGGACUUAAAUGCAACUCUGCAGACUUGUCUUCCUGCUGGUAGAUAUUGUGACGUAAUUUCGGGUUUCAAGAGAGGCAACUGCUGUACGGGCAAGACUAUCACAAUUGGCAACGAUGGCCGCGCACAUAUUUCCUUGGGAGCUAAUGAUUACGAUAUGGUUAUUGCCAUCCACCGAGGAGAACAGUCGAGAUUGUAACUGGAGUGACGAAAUCAAGUGAGAGUGAGAGUUAAAAUAAAUAUAUACUAUAAUAUUAAAUAUAUAUUUGAAUAUAUAUAAUAAUAUAACAAUAAAUAUAACAAUGGUUAAAAUAAAACCGCUGAAAUAAUUACUUUGGUUUUUAUUUAUUUUAUAUCAUACUUAGACCAUUAUUAUUUAAUAUCACUAGCUUGUGUUCCUGCAGUGGGGACAUUAAUAGACUGAUAAUGAUGUUGAUGAAUGGCGCCCUCUGGCACAGAAUAUAUACUGCCUCUGGUGCAAAUGGCCGUUUGCUGCCAUCUCGCGCACUCUUGCCGAAUCGUGUAGUAUUGUGACGGAAGGUGACUUCGUGAAUUGUCUCUGAAUUCAUUUUUUCAUGUACUUGACGAUUGUAUAUAAUAAUACAGGAAGGAAAAAUAAAAUGAGGCAGAAAAUUUAUGUUUUAUCAAUGGGUAUAUAAAGCUGCUCAUCGUGCGAGGCCAUUAUCAAAGUAAUCAGAAAGUCUCUGGGAGGUCUUGGUACAUCUAUUCAGAAUGUUCCGUAUCAUCCUUUUACUAGCAAUUGCGGCUUUAGCCUAUGGCUACAAAAACCCCCAUUAUGCACCUGGUCGGUCUACCAUGGUCCAUCUCUUCGAAUGGAAGUGGAACGACAUCGCUGCCGAGUGUGAAAGGUGGUUAGGGCCGCGGGGAUUCGGUGGUAUUCAAGUGUCACCUCCCAAUGAGAAUCUGGUUAUCUGGUCACAUAAUCGCCCAUGGUGGGAACGAUACCAGCCUAUAUCCUACCGGCUGACUACCCGCUCUGGAAACGAACAACAAUUCGCCAACAUGGUCAGAAGAUGUAACACUGCUGGUGUCAGAAUUUAUGUGGAUGCUAUCAUAAAUCACAUGACUGGUACAUGGAAUGAAAACGUCGGUACUGGUGGAAGCACUGCUAACUUUGGUCAGUGGCAUUACCCAGCUGUGCCCUUUGGACGUAACGAUUUCAAUUGGCCCCAGUGCGUCAUCCAGCCUGAGGACUACGGAUGCUGUCCAGACAGAGUUCGCAAUUGUGAGCUCUCCGGUUUGAAAGAUUUAAAUCAGGGAAGCGAACAUGUUCGUCGGAUGAUUGUUGACUACAUGAACCAUCUCAUUCAUCUAGGUGUCGCUGGUUUCAGAAUUGACGCAGCCAAACACAUGUGGCCUGGCGAUCUUCAAGUUAUCUAUGAUAGGCUACACAAUUUGAAUACAGCACAUGGUUUCCCAGCUGGUGCCCGCCCUUACAUCUUCCAAGAAGUCAUUGAUCUUGGUAGAGAAGCUGUCGGUCGCGAUGAAUAUACCCCUCUUGCUGCUGUCACCGAAUUCAAAUUCGGCAUGGAGCUUAGCAGUGCUUUCCAGCGAGGUAACCAGUUGAGGUGGCUUCACAACUGGGGACCCCAGUGGAAUCUCCUGGCUCAUUCUGACGCUCUUGUUUUUAUUGACAAUCACGAUAACCAAAGAGGUCAUGGUGCCGGAGGUAACAUUCUCACUUACAAACAGGCUAGACCAUACAAGGCAGCAAUCGCUUUUAUGUUGGCUCAUCCUUAUGGAGAGCCACAACUCAUGAGCAGCUUUGCUUUCCAUGACACUGAAGCUGGCCCACCCAUGGACAGCACUGGCAACAUUAUCACGCCAUCUAUUAACUCCGAUAACACUUGUGGCAAUGGAUGGAUUUGUGAACAUCGUUGGAGGCAGAUUUACCAGAUGGUUAGAUUCAGGAAUGUUGCUGGUAAUGCCGCAUUGAGUAACUGGUGGGAUAACGGUAGCAAUCAGAUCGCCUUCUGCCGCGGCGGGCAAGGUUUCAUUGCAUUUAAUAACGACCAGUGGGAUCUAAACGAAAAUUUGCAGACUUGUCUCCCGGCUGGAAGUUAUUGCGACGUAAUAUCUGGCGUCAGAAGUGGUAAUAGCUGCACAGGCAAGAUAGUCACAGUUGGCAAUGAUGGUCGAGCUCGAAUCUCGGUCGGAGCUAAUGAUUACGACAUGAUGCUUGCUAUUCACCAAGGCCAAGAGUCGAGAUUGUGAGUUCAAGAUCAGCCGCAACACUAAGAACUCUCAAACAUACAACACGAACCGAAGCAAUUUGAAUAAAAUAUAAAAAAAAUACUGACGUUUUGAUUACCUAAAAAUAUCAGUAAUUUUGUGAUACCCUAUCCGCUAAAUUUAUGAAUUCC